GCUCCUUGUUGCUGCUGUCCCAAAAGGUUAGUAUAUGAGGCUUUUUGGUGCAAAGGAGAUGGGUCAGGACCAGACGAAGCAGCAGAUAGAGAAAGGACUCCAGCUCUACCAGUCUAACCAGACAGAAAAGGCUCUGCAAGUCUGGAUGAGGGUAUUGGAAAAGACCAUGGAUCCUGCUGGCAGGUUUCGGGUUUUGGGCUGCCUCAUCACUGCACACUCGGAGAUGGGCAGAUACAAGGAUAUGCUAAAGUUUGCAGUUGUGCAGAUUGACACAGCUCGGGAGCUAGAGGACCCUGACUACCUUAUGGAGAGCUACCUGAACCUGGCUCGGAGCAACGAGAAACUCUGUGAAUUCCAGAAAACCAUCUCUUACUGUAAGACAUGCCUGAACAUGCAGGGCACCACUGUGAGCCUGCAACUGAAUGGUCAGGUGAGCCUCAGUAUGGGCAAUGCCUUCCUGGGCGUCAGCAUCUUUCAGAAGGCAUUGGAGUGUUUUGAGAAAGCCCUGCGCUAUGCGCACAACAAUGACGACAAGAUGCUGGAAUGUCGUGUCUGCUGCAGCUUGGGGAGUUUCUACACACAGAUCAAGGACUAUGAGAAAGCCUUGUUCUUCCCAUGUAAAGCAGCUGAAUUGGUGAAUGAUUAUGGAAAGGGCUGGAGUUUGAAGUACCGAGCAAUGAGCCAGUACCACAUGGCAGUGGCCUAUCGGAAGCUGGGGCACCUUGCAGAUGCUAUGGAAUGCUGUGAGGAGUCAAUGAAGAUUGCUUUGCAGCAUGGGGACCGGCCACUGCAGGCACUGUGCCUACUCUGCUUUGCUGAUAUCCACCGCAGCCGAGCAGACGUACAGACAGCCUUUCCACGCUAUGAUUCCUCCAUGAGCAUCAUGACAGAGAUUGGAAACCGCCUGGGACAGAUCCAGGUACUGCUGGGAGUGGCCAAGUGUUGGGUGAUCCAGAAGGAGCUAGACAAGGCACUGGAAGGCAUUGAGAAGGCAGAAGAGCUGGCAGAGGGACUGGGGAACAAGCUUGGCCUGCUGAAGCUUCACUGCCUGUGUGAAGGAAUCUAUCGCACAAAGGGACAGCAACGGGAACUUCGUGACCAUGUGGUGAAGUUCCACGAGUGUGUAGAGGAGAUGGAGCUGUACUGCGGCAUGUGUGGAGAGUCCAUUGGGGAGAAGAACAACCAGCUCCAGGCGCUGCCUUGCUCCCAUUUCUUCCAUUUAAAAUGCCUCCAGACCAAUGGGACUCGGGGCUGCCCUAACUGCCGCCGUUCAUCAAUGAAACCGGGAUUUGUGUGACCUGCUGAAUCAGUCAUUUUGAGAGAGCUCAUAUUCCGACUUGCAACAGAGACCAGAAGACAGAAUCCUGGAAUGUCAUUCAGUGCGCACAGCCUGAAAGGAGGACCCUAAUUUGCAGGUGGAGAGGUCUCCUGCACAGGAUGCAAUAAGUGCACCUUGAUCUUUUACUCUAACCUGACAUUUUACCUAUGUUCUGAAGUAGCAGUCGUCCUCUAGAAGUACAGUCCCGCUGGAACCACCUCUCCAGAGCCAGUUUCACACUCUAUCAUGCCUGUUCUAGGAUGUACCUGUCCCUUUCUCCAGUGCCAGUUCACACUCCAUUUUUGCUCAGUUAGCUGCACCAGGGCUAAUUAUUGUCUUUACUUGCCUUUCUUGGGUGCUUGUUUUUGCCCCUGGUGAGAACUGAUGCUGGGGCCUGGCUAGUGGUCCUGGGUAGAUGUAGCCUCGUACUGUUGUCCGUGUUGGAGCAGCAGCCCUAUUCUCAGCAUGCACUGCUGGAAAUGCAGCCAGUCUACUCCCUAGGCUCCCUUUCUUCAGCAACAGGAUUUAGAUCUGACUCUUGCCUUACAUUGGAUCCCUCCUACCAAUUCAUUAUCACUACCCCGCGUAGGGAAAAUGGAUUUAAUUCAGGAAUCUGUAUUAGGGAGAGAACAGACCCAAGGCAUGACUCUGAUGGUGUCCUGUGCCAUCGUGUCUUCCCGCAGUGCCUUACUGUCUUCAGGGUGCCUUGUGCUGAGGCCUGGAUCCCCCUCUUCGUGCUAAUGCAAUACCCUCCCUCGAAGGCUGCAAGACUCUAUGUGAGCUACCCCCGGAGCUCUGUGCAAACAAGGUGUUUUCCUGAACAGAGGCUACUUUCAAGGUGCUCGGCUGCUGCCAGGGGCACGUGGCCCGCCCGGCGGUGUCACUGGACAGGGCCCUGGGGGGCAGCCAGGCAGCGCAGGAUUCGUGUGUUCCCAGCCCAGCCCAAGCGCCUCAGGGCCGCGCACGCGCUAUAUUUACACCCACCUGUUUGUAUUU